AUGAAAAGCGAGCAGUGCGCAACGUAUAAUUAUAUAUAAAAAUCACCUGCCUCUUUUCUCUCUAACAACAAUUAUCAGAUCGCCCCAAAAUGUAACUUUUUUCAGCUACAUUGACAAAGCGCUGGAAAUUGAGGAUUAUUUGCAAUAUAAGUUGAAGGGAGAGUUCGGAAACCGAUCAUAUGCAUACUCUGAUUUCUGUGGAACACAAUGUGAAACCUCAGAUGCUGUCAAUAUAUUUUUGACAAUGUUCAGAGAUCAGCAGAUAAAGAAGACAGCGCACGUCAAGCUCACAUACCCCUCCAUGGAUGUUUUUGGUCAUCGCAUCUACUUGGCUAAUAAUAUUUUCCAAGUUCAGAUUAAUAAUAGAAGUAGCAUUGUGGAAGGUUCGAAAUUGGUUGCUAUCAAUUUCCACGCAAUCUAUAACAAUGAAACGAUGUAUGAAAUCAUGCGCCAGUGGGAACAAAAACUUUUCGAUUACUCUUUAUCAACCAUCAAUGACCCAUUAAUCCGAGUCUAUGUAACUAGUGAAGGUCUUGUAUCUGAAGAAGUCCGUCGAACUGGAAUCCUUGCUAUGCCACUCAUGGGUGUCACCUUCCUCAUCAUCCUGUUAUUCACCGUUCUAACAACCCUCAAAAAAGAUCCAGUGCGCUCCAAACCUUUCGAAGCCUUCCUCGGGGUCAUCUGCCCGCUUCUCUCACUUUGCGCAUCUUUCGGGCAUCUUUUCUGGAUGGGAUUCGAAUACCUGCCGAUUGUUACAGUUGUUCCCUUCUUGAUCUUAUCGAUUGGCGUUGAUGAUGUAUUUAUUUUCAUUCAUGCGUGGCACAGAACUCCAACAAAGUGAGUGUUAAUUGAAGUUUCUAGUGAGAAUUUUGGUAUGUUUCAGACAUUCGGUGCGUGACAGAAUGGCCGAAACAUUAGCCGACGCUGGUCCAUCCAUCUCAAUCACAUCGUUGACGAACUUGCUUUCAUUUGGAAUUGGUAUUUUCACACCAACCCCUGCGAUCUAUGUGAGUUCUACAUAGAAUACUGUUCUGAAAACAUCUGAUGUUUCCAGACCUUCUGUGUGUUCAUCUCAACCGCUGUUAUCUACGAUUACGUCUAUCAAAUCUUCUUCUUCUCCGCAAUCCUAGUCUUGGGUGGAGAUCGUGAAGAACGUAGAAUGAAUGCUUAUCUUUGGUGGAAACAUGUCCCAGCGAUUGAUGAAAAGGAAGCUCAAAAACCCGGAAAAUUCACACAAACCAUGAAUCGUCUAUUGACAAAGAUCUUGGAUCUCUGGGUAGAUUUUAUCAUGGCAACCUGGAGCAAAUUCCUGAUCGGUGGAAUAAUGUUGGCGUAUUGGGUUUUUAUGGCAAGAGGUGUUAUGCAAAUCGCAGUCGGCUUGUCUUCCGAAAAACUCUUCCUUGAUGACUCCCCACUCUUGCCAUUGGUCAGACUUCAAACCAACGUGAUUUUCAAAGAGGGAGGACAAGUCGCAGUGUUCGUUAACAAUCCAGGAAAUAUGAGUGAACCUGACGCGGUUCCCGAGAUUAUGCGGAUCUUGCGGCGAUUUGAAACCGCGAAUAAUAGUGUGGGUGCAGCCUCGACGCAUAUGUGGCUUCUACCGUAUUUACCGUAUGUUGGAGAGCAAGAACAUGGAAGCAUCGAUUUCAAAUACCGUUAUUUACCCGAGUUUUUCAAGUUGAUGGAGUAUCGAAGAUGGUCGCAUUUUGUCAAUCUUGGAAGCCAUCAGUGAGUUGAUCAACUAUGACGUGGCAGUAUAAUAAUGAUAAUUUCAGAGACUGCCUUGCUGAAAAACCAAGCUGCUUGGAAAAAUUCGUCUUCUCCACCGGUUUCCACGACGCCGUUUCCUGGUCUGACCGUUUAGAACUUUUGGAAAAUUGGCGGCAGAUGGCAUCUGAAUAUCAACAUUUGAAUUUAACGAUCUAUGAAGAUUUCAGCAUGUAUUCAGAUCAGGUAAAUAUACUUUCUAGAUUUUAAUAUCAUUUUCUUUCUAGCUCUUGACAAUUGUGCCGGUCACAGAAUCCACAGUUCUAUGCGCACUCUUCUGUAUGAUCCUAAUUCUCACUCUCUUCACACCAUCUCCUGUCACCAUUGUCACAUCAACCGCUGCUGUUUUAUCGAUCAAUCUCGGUGUUUUUGGAUGCCUGGUGUAUAUGAAUAUUGAUCUGGAUCCAAUUUCAAUGACAACUUUAUUGAUGGCUAUCGGAUUUUCUGUGGAUUUUGUGGCUCAUGUGACGUGGCAUUAUUAUAAGGGAGAGUUCAAUGUGAGUAGAUUUUCCCUAUGGAUAUGGAAAAAUAACUUCUAAAAUUAUGAAAGUCUAAUUUUCAGUCCAAACGCGCUCGAAUUCGCCACGCUCUUGCUGGCAUCGCUUGGCCGAUGUUCCAAGCUGGAACUUCUACAAUGCUCUCGAUUUCGGUUCUCGCACUGAUUCACGCAUACAUGGUCCAAGUUUUCGUGAAGGUAAUCUCCCCAGCCCUCAAAAAUCCUCAAGAAAAUCUCAAAUUCAGGUCGUGGUGCUUGUCAUUUUCCUCGGAAUGAUUCAUGGGCUCGUUGUGCUUCCAGUCGUUUUUGCACUUCUACCAUUCAGCAAAACUUCAGGACCACAAAAGAAGAAGAUCGCGCCGAUUCAUGAAAUGAAGGCAGGACCAUGCCCCAUCAAAGAGGAGCCAAAACUUUGA